CGUUGCUGGAUCUAAAAAUAGCAACACGAGACAAACAUCCGCAUGCGCGAUAAUUACUUCCGUGUUGUCAUUCACGCCGAGAUCUUUAAUCAAAAGUUGUCAACUUUUUGUCUAAGUGCGAUGAAGUCUCUUUGAGAGUGAAAAAACAAGUGGAAAUACUGUUUCUCCCUCUCAAUCAGGACUUUAACAGAAUCGGUCAUUUUAGUGGCAGUACAGUUAGAAAGACAAAGCCCCAGGAAGGCCUUAUAAUAAUGAAGAGGACUGAAUGGAACAGCUAAAAAAGGAAAGAAGAAGUAAAGGCACUUGAAUCAACCUACAAGUGAUUGGACUCUUAUGCAUAAUGGAGAUAGACCAAGCUCUGCUGGAUUCUCUACCUUUGCCGCAGAGACUGAAACUCUGCAAGCAGCUCAGACACGAGCAAGUGAGAAGGUACAAUGAACGACAGAAGGAAGAAGCCCAGAGAGGAGGAGGAGUGCAGCGGAAGCGGAAGGAGAACAAAAAGGGGACCCAGGUUAACUUUCAUGGCAGUGCCCGUCUGUGGGAUGCCACAGCAAGAUUUGAUGACAGAGAGGUUAUGGAACUACUACAGGAUGGUUUCCCGCCUAAUUUAACAAAUGCCAAAGGUGGCACGCUUCUUCACCAGUGUGCUCAAGAUGACAAUGUAUCAGUGGCUGAAGUUUUAAUCGCACGAGGAGCAAGUGUGAAUGCACGAGAUGUGGACCUGUGGACGCCACUUCACAUAGCUGCUGCUUGUGACAACCCAGAUAUGGUGCAGCUGCUGCUACAGAAUGGUGCAGAUGCUGCAGUACUUGAUAUAGAUGGGAACUUCCCCUCAGACCACGCUCCAGAGGGCAGUGAGGUGGCGUUAAUGCUCGCGAGGCAUCUUGACAGACUCGGCAUUGACAGCAACAAAUUGAAACAAAUACGUCUCCAAGCUCCCAGGAGGAUGGCAUCUGAUGUAAAGGAACUUUUGGCUCAAGGUCAAGGUCAAGUGGGUCUUGCCAGCAAUGACGGUGUGACUCUGUUACAUAUAGCAAGUGCUAAUGGGUACAGAGAGGUGGUCAAGCUACUGCUGGACAGUACAGUGGACGUUAAUGCCCAGGACAGUGACGGAUGGACAGCCCUACAUGUAGCUGCCAAGUACUGCCAGAUAAAGAUAAUAGGCAUGCUGCUGAAAAAGAAAGCAAACCCACAUCUUGUGAAUAAUGACAACCAGAAGCCAUCAGAUAUUGGAGGGACUGAAAAAAUAGUGGACAUGUUGAAGAGAGCAGAACAGGAUUCUGGGUCAAAGAUGGAGGUUGAAAUCCAAAUUGGAGGAGAGGAUGCUGACUCUGAGAUUACAUUUUUAAGAGUGAAUAGUAGAACCAUGACCCCCAGACAUGUGCCCCUGUCCAAGCAGGAGGAGCUUCAAGAGGGUCAGAGGAGGGUGGCAAAGUCCCCAGCUCCUGGACAAGAUGAGGAUGAGGAUGAGGAAGAAGAUGUCUAUGAGAACCUUAACUUAGCUAGGAUACAGGAGGAACUGAUCGAUGAAAAGGUACGCCUUCCACCAGUGUCCAGCACAGAUGACCUGGCCAGCUUACCUGAGGUCACAGAGAGGUCAAUCCUGACACACCUGCAGGACAGGUACAGGGGGAACCAGAUUUAUACCUAUGUUGGUGACAUUCUCAUUGCGCUGAAUCCUUUCAAGGAGCUGCCAUAUUUUACCAGAUGGGUGUCCAAGCAGUACCACAAGGGGUCCGACCAGACCCCCCAUGACCAGACCCCCCUGUCCCCCCAUGUGUUUGCAGUGGCAGACAGGGCAUACAAGGCUCUCUUGAGGGAGAAUGCCUCCCAGUGCUGUAUUAUCAGUGGGGAGUCGGGGGCCGGGAAAACGGAAACGUGUAAAUUCCUCAUACAACACUUGCUGAAUGUUGCUGAAAGUGAUGAGAGGGAUCUUAACUAUAAGAUACAGCAGGUGAAUCCUCUGUUGGAGUCCUUUGGCAAUGCUCAGACUGUGAUGAACGACAACUCCAGCAGAUUCGGGAAGUUCCUUGAGCUGAAAUUCUCUUAUGAUGGCAUAGUCCAAGGAGCCAAAAUCACAGAGUACCUGCUGGAAAAGUCCAGGGUGGUUUCCCAGGGAGUGAAGGAAAGGAAUUUUCACAUCUUCUACCUAGUGUUUGCUGGCCUGUCUCCUGAUGAAUACAGAAAAUAUGGACUGGAGUCCCCACACAAACACAGGUACUUGAGGGGUGUUGACACAGACCUUGACAGGUGUAUUUCACAGGAGACAGCAGAGAGGUUUGCUCAGCUCAGAGAAUGUUUUAAAUAUAUUGGAUUCACAAAGGCAGAUGUAGAUCACCUGUUCUUUACUCUAUCUGCUGUGCUUCACCUCGGAGACAUUCAGUUUGAGCCUGUGGGAAACAACGAGGCUGCCAAAAUCUCUAACCCCGAUACUUUAAGGAAAGUGGCAGCAUUGCUCCAGGUUCCAGCUGGUGACCUCAGUUCUGCUCUGGUAUCUGAGAUCACCAUCACCAGAGGAGAACAAAUCAAACGUGAGAGAAACUUGACCCAGGCAGGGGACUGCAGGGACGCCCUGGCCAAGGCCCUGUAUGGCCGACUGUUCAGCUGGAUAGUCAAUGGAGUCAAUCAGCUCAUACAGCCCCCAGAGGAGGUUGGCUUCUCUCCAGUUCAGAUAGGAAUCUUGGAUAUUUUUGGAUUUGAAAAUUUCCCCAGAAAUAGUUUUGAACAGAUAUGCAUCAACCUAGCCAACGAGCAGCUGCACCAGUAUUUCAAUGAGUACAUCUUUGAGAGGGAACAGCAGGACUGUGCUGCGGAGGGAAUCGCCAUGACAGAUAUAGCAUUUAUCAGUAACAAGCCCACUGUGGACCUGUUCCUAGCGGUAAGUUAA